AUGGACUCCCGGGGCUUCGAUUCCACGGGCCGCGAGUUUUCCAGCGCCACGGAGAUGUGGGCCCAGGAGAUCGGCGCCACCGCCUCCGCCUCCGCCUCGGCCUCCGAAGUCCCUCCGGGCGCCGCCGCCGCCGCCGCCGCCUCAAGCAAUGGGGACGCCGGCGAGGAGGCGGGCGGAGAAGGGAAGCGCGAGGAGUGGUACUCCAAAGGAAUCGCCUACUGGCAGGGCGUGGAGGCGUCGACCGAGGGCGUCCUGGGAGGCUACGGGUGCGUCAACGACGCCGACGUCAAGGGCAGCGCCGCCUUCCUCCGCCCCAUCCUCGCGGAGCGAUUCGGCGCCGCGAAGCGCCAUCUCGUCGCGCUUGAUUGUGGCUCUGGCAUCGGGCGGGUUACGAAGAAUUUUCUUAUCAAGCAUUUCAAUGAGGUUGAUCUCGUUGAGCCAGUAGCCCAUUUUCUGGAAGCGGCACGGGAAAAUCUUAGUAGCUGUAUGGAUGUAGGGCAUGAUACACACAAGGCUGCGAACUUUUAUUGUAUACCUCUUCAGGACUUCACUCCGGAGGAAGGAAGAUAUGAUGUGAUAUGGAUCCAGUGGUGCAUAGGGCAACUUACUGAUGAUGAUUUUAUUUCAUUUUUUAACCGUGCAAAGGUUGGGCUCAAACCAGAUGGGUUUUUUGUUCUGAAAGAGAACAUUGCAAAAAAUGGAUUUGUCUUAGACAAGGAGGAUAACAGUGUCACUAGGUCUGAUGCAUAUUUCAGGGAGCUAUUUAACAAGUGUGGAUUGUAUAUCCACACCAUCAAGAACCAAAAGGAGCUACCUGAGGAAUUAUUUGCUGUCAGAAUGUACGCAUUGGUGACCAGCCAGCCAAAGGUCACAAAAAAUGGCAAGAGAGGGCGACCUAAAAAUUCACCCCGUGUAAUCCGCUCUUGA